AAUUAUCCAUUCAUCUCGACUUAAGCUGUUAAACAAGCUCUCCGCUAUCUUACACGAAACGCUUAACUUAAGUUCAUGUCGACGUACUUCACGUUUGGGCACAGACUAGAUGAAAUAAGGUGUCGUUACGUUAACUUGAGACCGUUGAUCGGUACGCGUUUCUCGUUAUUAUUGUUAACAGUCUCGGGGUGGCUUCCAGAAGCUUCUUGCACGGUGGCAGUGAGACGGUCGCGCCAAACUCCCGUUAAAAAUCUGCCAUUUUUAUUAUGUGUUAUCGUCGAACGCACAAAAAUGAGAGAGAGAUUCAUUACGCUCUGCGACCACUGACAAGGAGGUGAGGGUUGUGAAAAUGAUGCCGACUACCACCAGGAAGAGAAAGCUGUCCUCUCUGGACUCUGGCAGUCCAGCCAAGAAGGGACUGAGGGAGGAGGCGUCACCUGUGAGGAGGAGAUCCCCCAGGAAGAAGCCAGUCGGACAUUUUGACAAGGAGAACUGUCUCUCGCCACGCAAGUCACCACGCAGACUAGCAGAAUCUCCUACCAAAUCACCUUAUAAAUCUCCAUUCAAACCUUCCGUGGUUACAAGCUCCUUCUAUGGCAAGCAAAAGCCCGUCUAUCUCACUCCACUAGAGAGGAAGGCGAUCAAGGAGUCUCUGCCUUCUCCUCCUCCUCCUCCUCCUCUUCCUUCCCCUCCUUCACAGGAGAAAAAGAAGAAGAAGAAAAAUGUUAAGAGAGGCGGCAAGCAGAGAAAGGUGGCUGCAGGAUCUAGAAAUGCGGGGAAGAUGGGUAUCAAAAGCUAUACAACAUCUUCUAGGACGAUUAAGCUGUCCAAACUUAACAGCAGUGUCACAGCUAAACCGGCAUCUACUCCGGCCUUGGCUCCCGCCAGCAGCACUAAGCCAGCAGAGUCCAAGAAGGUGAUCAGCAUCAGUUUCAGCAGUCUGAAACCCAAACCGAAGAUCUUUGUAGGAGCUGCUUUCUUCGGCACGGGGAAGAAACCUACAUCCAUGUACAAGAAAUCUGCACCAAAAUCCUCAGCCAAGCCAGCUUCAGUCCCAGUGAAAGACAAAGUUUUCCUGUCACAGACAAAGAGUGAGCAGUCAAAGCAGCAGCCACCUGCACCAGUAACGAACCAGCAGCAGAAAACACCUGCAGAGGCUGCUGUCCAGCCGGUUAAGACAGCAGAGAAGCAGUUAAGCAGCAAGCACAGGGCGAAGUUUGACCCGACAGACUGGAUGGACGAACAGCCUGAGACUCCACGUUCCUUAAGCUCUCCUAGAAAUUUGGCAAAGGAACAUGGGAUUACGAAGGAGCUGAAGAUUGUGUUGACAAGGACCCCUACAGCAAGUCCUGCCUCCACACUCUCAUCCCUCAGCAGUCAGGAUGUUUCUCUGACAGACGGCGGCUCUGAGCCUAUGCUUGACCUGAGCGAUAUAAGUCCCACCGCUGCUGCCAGCCCGCCCAAAGAAACCGCAGCUUUGUAUCCCAUCUUUGGCUCCGCCUCCAAGAGGUUAAGGAAAGCUCUGCAGCCACCGGCGUCCUGCAGCACCCCCUCUGGCCCGAUGACACCACUGCAGGCUGCCGCUGCCGCCAAAGAGCGAACUGUUCGUCGGAGGAAAGACAAGCAGGAUGACGACCAGCUCAUCAUCGAUGCAGGCCAGAAGCAGUUUGGAGCGACAACCUGCAGUUCGUGUGGCAUGGUCUACAGCGCAGAUAACCCAGAGGACAAUUUCCAGCACACUCAGUUCCACCAGCGCUUCCUCGACUCCAUCAGAUUUGUGGGCUGGAAGAAGGAGCGGGUGGUGGCAGAGUUCUGGGAUGGAAAAAUUCUCUUAGUCCUGCCGGAUGAUCCCAAAUACGCCAUCAAAAAGGCCGAGGACGUGCGACAGGUAGCAGACAACGAGUUGGGUUUCCAGCAGGUGACUCUGAGCAGACCCACGCAGGCCAAGACGUACCUCUUCAUCAACACCGAGCGCAUGGUGGUGGGCUGUCUCGUCGCUGAACACAUACGUCAGGCCUACAGAGUCCUCGAGCAGCCGGAUCGACACAAAGACAUGACAAAGGACGACUUCAUGGAGCGACACAGAGCCUGGUGCUGCUCCACCGUCCCUGAACAAGCUCUGUGUGGGAUCAGCCGGAUCUGGGUCUUCAGCCUGGCCAGACGUCAGGCCAUCGCGACCCGCUUGCUGGACACCGUCAGGAGCACCUUCAUGUACGGCAGUCACCUCACCAAGGAGGAAAUCGCCUUCUCUGACCCGACGCCUGACGGCAAACUGUUCGCUACCAAGUACUGCAGCACGCCAACCUUCCUGGUUUACAACUUCAUCGCAUGAAGUUUGUGAAGGACUGAACAUGUGGAUUAAAGACGCGUUGCUGUUCUAACUGACAUGUUGAAAUCUCCACUGAUUCACAGAUCCUCUUUCAUAUGCAAAGCAGUCACUGUUCAGGUUUUCACGUUGACAAGCAACAGGCUUUAGUUUGUGUUGAAGACAGAGUUUCUAAGCUUUACUUGUUUAAUCAGAAACUCUGUGUUCAGGAUUAAGUAGGUCUAGAGUUUUUAAAAAGGUCCACCUGUUCUCAAGCAGUAUUUAUGCUCAGCACCGGUUGGUUGAUUCACUGCUGAAUGUUGUGUAGGCAGUAACUUUUUUUUUUUUUUUAUAAAGUGAGAUGUUUAUAUUCUGCCCGGAAACAUUUCACAUUUCCCACAUGGCUUGUUUUGAUUCAUUUAAAUGUUCAGAGUCUCUCUUUCAUGCAACAAGCUUGAGAUUUUCUGGACAGUUUGGAAGGAAAAUAUGUUGAUAGACGUGUUCAAGAGCGGACGGCAUCAUUGUUUAGUUGCUACCUUGUAUAUACAUUUAAUAAACGUAUUGCCUUUGUUUUAUGA